CAUCGCAAUUAUAGAGUUUGAAGUAUGGACGUCCCUCCAUCGUCACCCCCAUCAAUAUAUUCCUCUUUCCCUUCAUUUCCACACCUCUCACUCUCCCACUAACGCCUCUAAUUUCCCACCAUACCUUUUUUGUGUGGACAUCUCCACACUUAAUACUUUACACAUAAUCCAGCACAAGAACGGAUCAAGCACCCGCUUCGAUCUAUCGUUCUCUAUAAAUUACUUCGCUUAGUAUCACAUGCCCCAAUCCCAGCUUAAGAUAGUUAGUAAUUGGCAGUAACCGUUAGUGCAAGCAAGCAUGUCCGCCGCCGUGGCGGCUGCUGCUGCAGCAGCUUUAAAGCAACGGCAGUACAACUCCACAAGCAGCCAACGCGAUUCCGCGACCCCAGCCAGGAAUAUCUACGAUUACAACAUCAUUGGCAAUCAUAUGGGGUUACCGCCGCCACUGCAACAACCGCUUGCACGUAGCCGCUACGAGUCGCAGAAGUGGCGUGACUGGGUCGCGUUUGGUCAGUACCUCCGGAACCACCGCCCACCCCUCGUCCUGUACCGGUGCAGUGGGGCCCACGUGCUGGAGUUCCUCAAGCACCUCGAUCAGUUCGGGAAAACCAAGGUCCACUCCGAUGCGUGCCCCUUCUUCGGGCAGCCGAACCCUCCCGCCGCCUGCCCGUGUCCACUGCGGCAGGCCUGGGGCAGCCUCGACGCUCUUGUUGGACGGCUCCGGGCAGCCUUCGAGGAGAAUGGUGGCUCUCCCGAGACCAAUCCUUUUGGGGCCCGUGCCGUGAGGCUUUACCUCCGGGAAGUGAGGGAUGCUCAGGCCAAGGCUAGGGGAAUCGUCUACGAGAAGAAGAAGCGGAAGAAGCCGCCGGCUAAGGAACUGCAUCAAAAUUACUAUGAUUCGGAGCAGAUCACGGGACACAUAGACUCGUCCUCUCAAGAUCUUAACUCCGAUGAAAGCUCACACUACAAUACUGCAGUCGAAUAUCACUAAGUACUCUUUUGGAGAAGAUGAUGAAUGCCCCUAAGCCGGUUCGAUAUAUAUUGUUGUUUUAUUAUCUACUGCUUCAAGAAAAAUCCAUAUUUAUGUUUGAGGAUUUGCAUGCAAUUAGGGUUAGGGUUGAAGCUUGGUAUCUUCAACUUGAAGUAUGUCUGUCAAUACUACCUGUUUUCUAAUUUUCCAUAAGUGAAGGAAGAAAGUGAGAACGUUAUCAACCAAAAAGAAAAUGUUUGUGCAUUUAUCUAGAUUACAAUUGGUGGAUUAUAUAUGUAUGAUGAUAUACCAUUUUUCGGUA